UUUUACUCAAGAGGGCAGCCGAUCUGGUGGAAGCCUUAUACGGGAUGCCCCACAACAACCAGGAGAUCAUCCUGAAGCGAGCAGCUGACAUUGCCGAGGCGUUGUACAGCGUGCCCCGCAACCACAACCAGAUACCCACCCUGGGCAACACCCCCGCGCACACGGGCAUGAUGGGCGUGAACUCCUUCAGCAGCCAGCUAGCCGUCAACGUGUCAGAGACUUCACAAGCCAAUGACCAAGUCGGCUACAGUCGCAAUACAAGCAGCGUGUCCCCGCGAGGCUACGUCCCCAGCAGUACUCCCCAGCAGUCCAAUUACAACACAGUCAGCACUAGCAUGAAUGGAUAUGGAAGUGGCGCCAUGGCCAAUCUAGGGGUCCCUGGCUCGCCUGGAUUUCUUAAUGGCUCCUCCGCUAACUCUCCCUACGGCAUAGUGCCGUCCAGCCCCACCAUGGCAGCCUCUUCGGUCACCCUCCCUUCAAACUGUAGCGGCACCCACAGCAUUUUCUCAUUCUCACCUGCCAAUGUCAUCUCUGCAGUGAAACAAAAGAGCGCCUUCGCGCCCGUGGUCCGGCCCCAAGCUUCUCCUCCUCCCUCCUGCACCAGCGCCAACGGGAACGGACUCCAAGGCUCUCUGCUGGGUGCUGAGGACGUUACCGUGGAGAAGACAAACUGGCCCUUUUGUGAAGUCGGUGGCAUAUUUCACUUUGAUGAACUAAUGCUCAAAAAAGGAACUGGAAAGCUAUGUCUGGGCUGGUAGUCCCGCCGAUGUGAGGGCCUCGCGUUCCCUCGCGCAGCGCCCAGGACGGACUUCAGGGGACACGUUUCGUACGUAAGCGCGGCUGCUGGAGCCAGUCCGCAAACGCAUCGGCCGCGGCGGAGACGCUACAAGAGACUUUGUUUAAAGAUUUUAUUUAAACUAUUAAGAAUCAACAUGCAAACAGCCUACUUCUUCAUGAACAAUUCCAUUUUAUUGACUGAACUUUUCUCAUAUUUUCACAUUUCUCAGUCCUGAAGACUAAGGAAAACAAAGCGACGCCUAUUUUGUAUAAAGUUUCUGACUCCGUCUUGGCUCUGUCUAGUACUUGCUAUGUGUUGGGAGAAACUCUGUGAAUGCACCAUUUUGAUUAUCAUGAAACACUGAUGAAAAAUGCCUCCAAACAUUUUUCUGUGCUCAUACUUAGAUUCACAAUGGUUGUGUAUCUCUAUAAUGUGAAAUAUUUUUUUGUGGUGAAAAAAGGGGCCAAGGAGGUGUGAGCCAUCGAACUGGAAGAAAGGAGGACUCCGUGACUAGGAGCAUUCGGGGUGGCAGGGAGGGAGGGAGGGUUUAUCAUUGCUUAACUUCAUCUUAAUGAAAUGAAACUUUGUAACUUAUUGUAGUUAGAAAUUGUAACUUUGAUAUUGAAUUCUCUUGCCUUCAACAAGCACACUGACAGAAAAAAAAAAUGCUACUGUCUGUUGGUUA